AUGAGCCAGGACAAUCAACCACCACCCGAAACACAUACAGAUGAGAAAUCAUCUCUGAAUUUAAAAGGCAAAGGCAAAGACAGAUACACAAACAACGAAGAGUCAAGCACAAUCACUGGCAGACUCCAAGCCUCUGGCAGACUAGCUCUGAAUGCCUUCGGGACUGGCCCAGGGCUAAGUGGCCAACAGCCGGCGGCCAAAGCUAGCACAAGCGGCAGUAACAACAUUAGCAGAAUCACAUCAAGUUCGGGAGAAGCAUCUUCACAUAAACUGCACUCCUCUGUUCAAGGGGAGACACUUCGUUCAAAGGCAAACUUGGACUCUGAAGUUUCAGCACAGGCAUUUGAUGAUUUUGUCAGUGCCGACUCCACAUUGGACCACUACGAUGAUAAGCCCACAUCAAAUGACUACCGUUCAACAGAUGUAUCAAUGUCACAGGAUGUCUCUGAUCAAGAAAAACGGGAUGGUGCAGCCGUUAUCGACCUACUCGAUGGUCCCUCGGAUGAACUCGAUGCUGUUUUACUUGGUGUCCAAGAGGAGGAUGAGACUCUUACACCAGAAGCAGCGGCCAAACUUCGAGAAGCCCUCUUCCCUACGAACUCGACAUCAUCUGGCCCUGGACUGAACGAUUUAUUAAACUUCAAUCCAGACUUUCUGAACCAGCCAGGAGCCGAGGCAGAGCUUGAACGACAGCUCCACUUAGGUACACGAGAUACCGACGAAGCCAGAAGCAAUUGGCUACAGCAAUGGGGCAACGUGCUCAAUGGGUAUACCGAUUACGUUUGGGGUGAUUUGGAACCGUUGAUAGCUGAGGCCCGAAAGGAGGUUGAAGAGACCAGAGCUCGAGGCUCUAACGAGGCAUCGGAGACAAAGGCGCUGGAGCGAUUACGACAGAUACUUGCACAUUGCCAGCGUUGGCAGGCCCUGUCAACCAUGUUUGGUUAUGGCUCCUACUUGUUGCUCGGCUUCGUCGCAGCCUCAACAUCCGCGCAAAACAUCCCAGAAGUGCCAGCACUAGCGACAGCAACCGCGACGGCGACGGCGACUGCGACAUACUAUCCCGCCUACGUUCCACCUGCGUCAGUAAUCUUUAAGCGGGACGAUUCAUGUCCCGCCAACACAUUCCGAUGCUCUGAAGAGCUUGGCGAGAGGUUCCGUGACAUUUGCUGCCAAAACGGCCAAACAUGCGCUGUUGAUGCCGAUGACGAACCAGCAUGUUGCCCAUCUGGCGCUGUAUGUACAGGUACAGCUCCAGCUUCGGCCACCGGCGCAGCAACUGCUUCGCCAUCCUACGUUCCGAACUCAUAUUUCGCGUUCCCUUACGCCGCGGCGACUUUCGAGAGCGAGGCUGCAUGCACAUCAGCGGUCGAUGCUUGCGAGAAGAACUAUGAUCAGUGUGUCAACUAUCUAGGAGACGGAGGUCAAUAUGGUGUGACUAUCGUCGUGCCUGGCGGUGGAGGGACCACCGUUGAAGGCGGUGGCCAGGCUUUAGGUUCUUCAUCUGCAACCGCUGUCUGUUCUAGUUUGAGUUCUCGUGCAUGCGGCAAUGUGUCUAAUGACGACUGUUCGGAUUAUGGAAACGAUGCUUCGUCCUCCAACAACCGUGGCUUGUGGUUUGUCAGUCUUGGCGCAGGUGUUGCGCUGCUCAGCGCGCUGCUCUAA